AUGGCAAAACUGCCCGAACGAAAAUUUAUGGUGGAAAACUUGAGAAUUCCGGGUGACGAACUGACAGGACGAGCCACUGAGCAACGCGUGGCCGUGGCCAUUCGAGACUUUUUCAAGGAAAUAGGAUUUGAUCUGCACGGCCUUGAAAUCACUAUCAAACGCUACGGUUACAUGCCAGAUGAGUCCUCGGUUCAUGACAAUCGGUACUGGGCAACAUUCCACGUGGAUCAGCCAUCAGCUCUGGAGAUCUGGGAACAACAACGUGGCAUUUCGAGACGAAUCAAAAAAUGGAAUCAGGAGACGUUGGGAGAAGAUGAGGAGGAAUCGAAAUUUGUGGUGCUGAAAAGAUAUCAAGGCACAAGAUUCGAGGCGGUUCUAACUACGUUACAAAAAGUUUUAAAUAUUCUCCGAAAAGACACCUAUAAAACAGUAGACGGAUUUCGAAUGGAAAUCGUGAAAAACGAGAUUCUUCUGUAUUUCGACAAAAUUCUACAAGAGACUUUUACUAUUGAGACGAUUUACAAAAAAUAUAAAGAAGCGUUCAAUGAAGCUGUCCUGAAUCUUCGAAACGAAGACCUACGCGAAUCAAUGUUUGAAAUGGUUGAGCAGCUAGAUCGUCAAAUCGAUAAAUUGAACAAUAACAAUAGAAAACGGGAAUUUUUUGAAGAAGCAGACGAUACCUUGUCUGGUGCCUGUUCUCCCCCUUCACCCAAAAUUGCUCAUUUCAACACUCCAAUCAGUCAGAAACCCAAAAAUUUCAAUGAUUUCUAA